UCUCCAGACAAGUUCCGGCGGAAUCCGGAAGUUGGGGCUUUUCCCUUCCUUGCCGGGUAGUUUGUUCGUUUUCCUGCUUGGGUUUCCUUAGUUUACUUAGGGAGGCGCCGGUGGGCUGCCUGCUCCACCCAUGGCGGGGGCCCCCCUGACUACGGCCUUCGGGCAGGCUGUGAUCGGGCCCCCGGGCUCGGGGAAGACCACGUACUGCCUGGGCAUGAGUGAGUUUCUGCGAGCGCUAGGGCGGCGCGUGGCGGUGGUAAACCUGGACCCAGCCAACGAAGGGCUGCCUUAUGAGUGUGCCGUGGACGUGGGCGAGCUGGUGGGUCUGGGAGACGUGAUGGACGCGCUGCGCCUGGGGCCUAACGGUGGCCUGCUCUACUGCAUGGAGUACCUGGAAGCCAACCUGGACUGGCUGCGCGCCAAGCUAGAGCCCCUGCGAGGCCACUACUUUCUCUUCGACUGCCCCGGCCAGGUGGAGCUCUGCACGCACCACACCGCCCUUCGAAGCAUCUUUUCCCAGAUGGCUCAGUGGGACCUCAGGCUGACUGCUGUCCACCUUGUGGAUUCUCACUACUGUACAGACCCGGCCAAGUUCAUCUCAGUACUGUGUACCUCCCUGGCCACCAUGCUGCACGUGGAGCUGCCCCACGUCAACCUCCUCUCCAAGAUGGACCUUAUCGAGCAUUACGGGAAGCUGGCCUUCAACCUGGACUACUACACUGAAGUCCUGGACCUCUCCUACCUGCUUGACCACCUGGCCUCAGACCCUUUCUUCAGUCACUACCGACAGCUCAAUGAGAAGCUAGUACAGCUCAUCGAAGACUACAGCCUGGUCUCUUUCAUCCCUCUGAACAUCCAGGACAAGGACAGCAUCCAGCGAGUCUUACAGGCUGUGGAUAAAGCCAAUGGCUACUGUUUUGGGGUUCAGGAGCAGCGAAGCCUGGAAGCCAUGAUGUCUGCUGCAAUGGGAGCUGAUUUCCAUUUCUCCUCCACUCUAGGUAUCCAGGAGAAGUACUUAGCAUCCUCGGACCAGCCCACAGAGCAGGAAGCCAUGAGGCUGUAACACAUGGGGCCUGGAUAGCUGUGGACAACUCAGCAGGGUGGAGACCCAAACCCACCACGUCUAGCCAGAGCGGAGGCUGGGAGGAAACCUCCCUCCCUGCAGAGAACUAAUGAGUAAGAAGCCACAUGGUGCCCACAAGCUCAGGGCCCAGGAGACAGGAACCAAACGUUGAGGAAUGGCCCUGCUUGGGCUGCAGUGGAUGUGCGUGCUAGGAUAUGAGAUUAUUUUGUAUUUUUUUGGAACUUUAAACUUUUCUUCAACCCUCUGGACCCAGGGAUUUGGAGAACAAAGAAAUGUCUUUGUCCUCCCAAA